CGCAAGAGAGAUGUCCAUGGCGCUCUCCGCGCAGGUGCUCCCCGCGCUCGCGGCUCGCACGCGCGCGACGCGCAGGGGCGGGCGCGACAAAUCGGUCGGGAAGGCGCGCGCCGCGAGGCGAGCGAUCGAUCCGAGCAGAUCGCGCCGGCGGGGCUCCGGUUGGGGCGCGCUCCGGGUGGGCCCCGCUCACGACAACGAGGCCCCCGCGCGCAAGGUCGUCGUCGUCCACGCCACCGAGGACGAGGUCGAGGCGGUGACCAAGAAGUGGGGACUCGAGGCCGGCCUCUGGAAGGCGUUCAGGUCCAAGCCCGCGGAGGGCGAGGAGGGCAAGUCGAGCAUGGACACCGCGAAGAAGCUCCUCAAGCGAUACGGCAGCGCCUACCUCAUCACCUCCAUCUCCCUCUCCCUGGUCUCCAUCACCAUUUGCUACGUCCUAGUAUCCGCCGGGGUGGACGUCGCCUCCAUCCUCGAAGCCAUCGGGCUGGGAGUGUCCGCGUCCUCCGAGAAGGUUGGCACCUUCGCAAUCGCCUACGCGGCGCACAAGGCGCUCUCGCCCGUGCGGUUCCCCCCCACCGUGGCGCUCACCCCGAUCGUGGCGGGUUGGAUGGGCAAGGACGUGAAGCCGGAGGAUGGCGAGGAGGAGGUUAAGGACGAGGAGGCCAAGUGAGCGAGAGGACGCGCCGUCGAAACGUAGCCCCGGUGGCAAGCAAACCUUUUGAAAAUAUCCACAUUUUCUGUACC